GCCGCCCAGGAAUCAGUUCGUAGUAGGAAACGAUGGGAUACGGACGGAGAUGUGGUUCGACCUAUGGAUUCCCAUUUAUCACCAAUUCGAUCCGGGGAAGAAGAAGCUGAAUUGGAACUAGAUCAGUCCUACUUAGCUAGCGGCAGUGACGAAAUGGAAUCGGAGAUGGGAACACAUCCUUUGGCCCCGGUUAGUUCACAGAGAACACGAGGAUCAGUCAACAAUGGUCAUAACAGUUACGGAUCAGCGAGAAGAGCUCGUUCUCCACCGGACACAUCCAAUCACUCACAUGUGUCUGGUGAUCCCACACUUAUCUGA